AUGUCCCUGCCGGAGUGGCACAUCGCGGUGAAGCUGGCGGACCAGCCGCUGGCUCCUAAAUCCAUCCUGCACCUGCCGGAGACGGAGCUAGGCGAGUGCCCGCUGGGAGGCUGUAGCAUCUCCCACCUGAAGCAGCUCAUCACCGGGAAGCUGCAGGAAUCCGUCCCGGACCCCGAGCUCAUCGACCUGAUCUACUGUGGCCGUAAGCUGAGGGAUGAGCAGACCUUGGAUUUUUACGGCAUCCAGUCUGGAUCCACAGUCCAUGUCCUGCGCAAGUCCUGGCCAGAGCCUGAUCAGAAACCAGAGCCUGUGGAUAAGGUGGCAGCAGUCCGGGAAUUCCGUGUCCUGCACACUGCCCUGCACAGCAGCCCUGCCUACAGAGAUGCAGUCUUCAAAAUGCUGGGAAACAAGGAGUCACUGGAUCAGAUCAUUGUAGCUACACCUGGCCUUAGCAGUGACCCUGUUGCUUUGGGAGUCCUGCAGGACAAGGAUCUCUUUUCAGUGUUUGCAGACCCCAGCAUGCUGGACACGCUGAUCCCAGCUCAUCCUGCCCUUGUGAAUGCCAUUGUCCUUGUCCUGCACUCAGUGGCUGGGAGCACCCCUCUGCCAGCCCCAGAGACAUCCUCCCGAGCCAUGGCCUCCAGCUCCUACAGGGACAUGCCAGGUGGAUUUCUCUUUGAAGGUCUCUCAGAUGAUGAAGAUGACUUCCACCAGGUAAGCAACCAGAUUGG